AUGGCAACGCGUUUUGCAGCCAUCUUCAUUGUGGCCGGGGCUUCCGCCGCCGCCAUCGAGAGUUCCGGCUCCGUGGUUACGGCUCACCCAACCGCGGCCUCAACAUGGUCUUACAGUACUUUCACCUACGAGCAAAUGACCUCCGACCGGUAUCCAACACCGUUGCCGGCUCCUUUGACCAUCGCAACGCCUUACGCACCGCACUACACCGAGGUGUCCACCUUGCUUCCGACCAAUGUCACUUACACGACUUACUCUUUCAACCCAUCUGCCACCGCCAGUCCGGAUGGACAGUACGGACAAAGCGCGUAUGUGGCGCUCUGGUCAAAUUACACUUACACCGAAGAGCCGCCUUUUACCACAACUGUGUCGGCCACUCCUGUCCCCUCGGCCGACCUGGUCUACCCUCCUCAGCUGCCUGCCAGACCCCUCAACGAUAACACUGGGCUCAAGUUUCCCAAGGACUUCGUUUGGGGUGUGGCGGCGAGCGCAUGGCAGGUUGAAGGCGGUCUCCAGCUCGAAGGUCGCGGUCCCGCGUUGCUUGACUCAACCGGUGUGAACGGACAGGGUACCCUAGGCACAAACGACUCCAAUGUGGGAGACAUGCACUACUUCCUUUACAAACAGGACAUUGCCCGGCUUGCAGCGUUGGGUGUGCCAUACUUCUCGUUCUCCAUCUCAUGGAGUCGUGUCGUGCCGUUCGGGGUCGCGGACUCCCCUGUCAACCAACAGGCGUUGGAUCACUACGACGAUGUCAUUAACACCUGCUUGGAGUACGGAAUUACUCCGAUCGCAACGCUGAUGCACAUCGACAACCCCAUCGGAGUCUUUGACGACUUUGACGCGUUCCCCAAGCACUUUUCGUACUACGCGAAGCAGGUGCUUGCGAGGUAUGCUGAUCGCGUGCCGUAUUGGGUCACCUUCAACGAGCCCAACAUCGCCGUGCAGUUCUACCUCGGAAACAACUACAACGGUCUGACGGCCUUCUUGCUCGCCCACGCCGAGGUCUAUCACUGGUACAAGGACGAGUUGAAGGGCACCGGCAAACUGACUAUGAAGUUUGCCAACAACCUAGCUGUGCCGCUGGACCCCGCGAACGAAGCGGACGUCGCAGCGUCGUACCGCUACCAGGACUUCAUCCUGGGCGUCAUGAGCAACCCGCUCUUCCUCGGAAAGCAGUUCCCCGAGACGGUUCUCAACACGCCCGGAAUCACCCUCACGGCCCUGACGGACGACCAGAUCGCGACCAUCAACGGGACGAUGGACUACUGGGCCUUCGACCCGUACGGCGCGCAGUACGCGACCGACCCGGCGGGCGGCCACGACGCCUGCGCGUCCAACUCGUCGGACCCCCUGUGGCCCUCGUGCGUGGAGCUGAGCACGACGCAGGCCAACGGUUGGAAGAUGGGCGCGGUGUCGGAGGGCGGCGCCGUCGUCGCGCCGGCGUACGUGCGGGAGCAGUUCGGGUACGUGUGGAACACGUUCCGGCCGGCGGGGGGCAUCAUGAUCACCGAGUUCGGGUUCCCGCAGUACGCGGACGUGGAGACGCCGGUGGAGGCGCAGCGGUACGAUUUCGAGAGGACGAUGUACUACCAGAACUUCCUGACGGAGACGCUGCGGGCGAUUCACGAGGACGGGGUGAAUGUCAUCGGGGCGCUGGCGUGGAGCUGGAUUGAUAACAACGAGUUUGGGAGCUUUGAUCAUCAGUACGGGAUGAUGGGGGUCAAUCGGUCUGAUCCGCUGCUGGGGAGGUGGAUUAAGAGGAGUUUCUUUGAUUAUGUGGACUUCUUCCAGAGCCACAUCUGA